AUGAACGCCGAGGCAUACCUGCGCAAGCAGGGCUGGCAGGGCUCCGGCCACUCGCUCGACACGAGCGGCCGGGGUAUUAAGAAGCCGCUUCUUAUCGCGCACAAGAACGACCAGCUGGGGCUCGGCAAAAAGAAAGCUGCGCAUACAACAGACGACCAGUGGUGGAUGCGGGCUUUUGAUCAGAGCCUGCAAGCUAUCGGCACGGGUCAAGAUAGCACACUCGACCAGAUUCGUACCAAGGGCAUCAACCGCGGCGGUUUAUACGGCUUCUUCGUAAAGGGUGAGCAAAUAGAGGGCACUAUCGGAGACACCUCAGCGACCACCACGGAUGCAUCGAACCCCUCGUCUGGCACCAACACGCCUCCGACCUCUGCCUCUGAUACCGAGGCGCCCACGAAGACCUUGGACAAGAAGAGCAAGCGCAAGCGGGAAGAAACGGAAGCAGAUGAUAAGAAGAAGAGCAAAAAGUCAAAAGAUGAGUCGCGAAACUGUCUCAAGUUAAAAGCCAGUGACAAUGGGCAAGAUGCUAUCGCGAAGAAGUUGGCGAAGCUGAAACCAACGGAAAAGGCCGAAUACGAGGCACGCGCGGCAGCAAAGGGCCAGACGCUGGAGCAGUACGUCCUCCGCCGUAUCCAGAAGAAGAUGGAAAAGAAUGCAGCCGAAAGAAGCGAUGCGACCAAGGCAAAGAAACUAAAGGACGCAGUCAAGAAGAAAGAGAAGAAGAGCAACCAUGCAGCCAAAGAGCAGUAGAUGUAGCACAAAUCAAGCCCAAAAGCCAGAGACAGAAGCAGAACAAGAUGCAUCCUACGUGCAUGCUCUGGCGAGUCGUGUCACACGUCCGGACGGAACGACAUUCCAAAGGCCUCGCCCACCUGUAUUACCUCGCGACUCAGGGCGGUACGUCACCAUCCUUGGCCACGCCGCAAGACCCUUGAGCGAGAAUGAAAUAUCAGACCACAAUGCGGGGUUUGGCCAAAGGACAUGGGCAUGAUGAAACUGACUCAAGGCGGGCGCGCGGACCGAUCAAAAGAGCGUCGUGUGUCUCUAACCACGUCAGGAAUUUUGCGCGACAUCGGAACUGGCAUAUGCCAUCCGUGUGUGUGGGU